AUGCCUAUUCCACUAGAAGCGCAAACAUACACAGAUAGUCGAAAACGAAUCGACGGCCCUACCAAAUGGGCGCAUAACGAUGUAGCGACCCACAACCGUCUCAAGACACCUCUUCGCCUUACCGGCGCUCUGAAGGCACGAUUCACAGACUUGACCCCUGCAAUCGGACGCGAGUUUCAUGAACUCAGUCUGCUUGAUGUCUUGAAUGCCUCCAAUCGAGAUGAAAUCAUCCAAGACAUUGCCGUCACCGUAUCCGAACGUGGCGUCGUCUUCUUCCGAAACCAAUAUAUCACACCCACACAGAUGAAAGCAUUCGUCACUCAUCUCAGCAUCCUCGCUGGCUGCCCAGAAUCCUCCUCCCUCCACACUCAUCCUCUCACCGAGCCCCCAGCCCCAAACUCCACAUCCCACGAUAUCGGCACCAUCUCCUCCGAGAAGCAGAAACGCGGCGGCGGCCUCACGCACCAGCUCUCCGACACAACCCGUCUUGCCUCCGCGGGCUGGCAUUCCGACAUUAGCUUCGAGCCCGUGCCGUCCGACUACGCCAUGCUGCGCAUGCAUACGCUGCCGCCCACCGGCGGCGAUACGCUAUGGGCAUCUGGCUAUGAUGUGUAUGACCGGCUGUCCGCACCGAUGCGGCUGAUGUUUGAGCAAGGGGGUGCUGAUGGCGGGCCGUUGAGGGCAAGGCAUGAUGGAGGUUGGUUGAGGGAUGAGGCACGGCGGCUGGGGAUCGCGGUGUGGGACUCAGAGAGGGGCAGUCCGGCGAAUCGAGGGGGGGCGCUGAGUGCCGUGCAUCCCGUGGUGCGGACGAAUCCGGUCACCGGGUGGAGGAGUGUGUAUGUCAAUCGGGGCUUUACGACGAGGGUGGAGGGAGUGACGAGGGAUGAGAGUGAUUUGUUGUUGAAGUAUCUGUUUGAGCUGGUGACGCAGAACCACGACUUACAGGUAAGAUAUACAUGGGGCGUCAAUGAUGUUGCGUUGUGGGACAAUCGAUCGACGUUCCAUUGCGCGACGUACGAUUAUGACGAAGUGCGUACUGGGGACAGGGUUUGCUCAUUGGGUGAGAUGCCAUAUUUCUGUGCCGAGUCGAAGAGCAGAAGAGCGGCGUUGGCUGAUACUAGCGAUUUGUUUGGAUAUGAGGUGGGUAAAAGGCACAGGUGA